GGAAACAUGGCGUCAGACUCCAGGCUUGGCUGUUUGCUGCUGCUGCUGUUUGCGUUUCUCGUGUGUUGCGCCGCUGCUGACAGCAAAGAUAAGCCCAAGAAAAAGAAAGAUAUCAGGGACUACAAUGACGCGGACAUGGCUCGGCUCCUGGAGCAGUGGGAGAAGGACGACGACAUCGAGGAGGGCGACCUGCCCGAGCACCGCAGGUCUCCGCCUCCGGUGGAUUUCUCCAAAGUGGACCCGUCCAAACCGGAGGAGCUCUUGAAGAUGUCCAAAAAGGGUCGCACCCUGAUGGUCUUCGCCACGGUGUCCGGGGACCCCACGGAGAAGGAGACGGAGGAGAUCACAGGCCUGUGGCAGGGCAGCCUCUUCAACGCCAACUACGACAUCCAGAGGUUCGUGGUGGGUUCCAACCGGGUCAUCUUCAUGCUGAGGGACGGUAGCUUGGCCUGGGAGGUGAAAGAUUUCCUGCUGGGCCAAGAGCGCUGCCAGGACGUCACUGUGGAAGGGCAGGUGUUUCCAGGGAGGGCGGCAAAGAAGCAGGAGGAGCAGCAGAACGUGACCAAGAAGAAGAAACCCAGCAAGAAGCCCAACGUGGUGGAGACGAACCGCGCUGGGGCGGUGAAGCAGGAGCUGUAACGGCCAGGACGGUGGCAUCACUAUGGUACAGUCUGGAUCGCGGGGCUCCUGCCUCGGUGCGGAGUGUUUGUCUCUCUCCUCCGGAGCAGACGCAGUCCCCGAACGUUGUGAAUGAAAGGUGACGCCUCGGCAGAAUCGCUUCAAAGACAACGGUGGUUGCUGCUCUGGCGAAACUAGACUCAAAUCAAUGGGUUUGUGACUUGGGUUCAAGCAACAGACCAGUUCCUCAGAUCCAUGUUGCUCCAUCUGCACUUAAUGAUUUCUACACACCUGAUUCCUUUCACUGUGGAAAUAAAGUUUUGAUAAGA